UGUGAUGGCGGAAGUUCGCAUCCCUACACGAAAAAUCUAGCGAGCGGAUUAUUGUUGACAUUCUCCGGCGUACGGGCCUGCCUGGUAAACGGAAUGAAGUUAUCACAUAUCAUCUUGAUUGUGCACUGUAUUACCCACACGUAGCUACAGCCUGUUAUGUACACACGGGUAUCUUAUUCUAUAGAAAAGACACACCUCCUGAAACAUUGAAAGGUGUGACCCCAGGCACUCUCUGCUGACCUGUGUGAGUGUGUCGGGGAGGUAAAGCAGUUCCACAGAGUGAUGCCAAGAUGUUGCUGUCCCUUGGCAUGCUGAUGCUGUCCGCCACACAGAUCUACACAAUCUUCACGGUCCAGCUCUUCGCCUUCCUCAACCUUCUGCCCGUGGAGGCUGACAUCGUUGCCUACUCAUUCGACAACAAGACAGGAAACUUUGAUGACCUACCUGCACGGUUUGGUUAUCGACUUCCCAGCGAUGGACUAAAGGGUUUCCUGAUUGGUGCGCGGCCGGAGAAUGCGUGCAUGCCCAUCGAGCCCCCGCCCAGAGAGGACAACGCCUCGGGUGCCUUCAUCGUCCUCAUCAAGCGCUUCGACUGCAACUUUGACAUCAAGGUCCUCAACGCGCAGAAGGCCGGGUACAAGGCGGCCAUUGUGCACAAUGUGGACUCCGAUGACUUAAUCAGCAUGGGCUCCAACGAUCUGGAUGUCAUGAAGCAGAUAGACAUUCCAUCUGUGUUCAUCAGCGAGGAGACGGCCAACUCUCUGAAGGAGGACUACUUGUACGACAAGGGGGGCCACGUGGUCCUGAUGCCCGACUUCAGCCUUCCUCUGGAAUACUACCUCAUCCCCUUCCUCAUCAUCGUGGGGAUCUGUCUGAUCCUCAUCGUGGUCUUCAUGAUCACCAAGUUCGUGCAGGAUCGCCACCGGGCCCGACGGAGCCGUCUGCGCAAAGACCAACUGAAGAAGCUCCCCAUCCACAAGUACAAGAAAGGUACGGCUCACGCGCUGUUGUACCGCCGGGGGGUGUGCGACGUGUGAUCAGCCGCUACGAGCCGUUUUGAAAAUCGGCUUCUUCUGACAUCACAAGUGGGCCGUGUUCACCUAGAUGUGUGCUGGAGGGAUCAGUCUACCAGGACUGUAGCCAACGUUGCUCAUCUCUCUCUCGUCAUACAUCUCGGUGGACACGACCACCUGUGAUGUCCGAAGAGGCCGAUUUUCUAAAACGGCUCGUAACGGCUAUUCACUCUCACACCUAGUGGUAUAAUAUGUCACCUUUAACCUUAAAAAACGUGGACUGGGUCUGCUUGAGGGGUCAACAAUUGUCGCCGAAUAGAACAGGAGAACGCAAUGUACAGUUGAAAUGAAGUGAAAUCAUUUUUUGGGGAUUUAAUAGAUCUAACUAUACACUCAUCCUCUUAACUCCUGGUAUGUGAUUUCGUUUGAAAGAUGUCAUAAAAGUGUUUCCGGUGUGCUCAAGCCCGGCAUCUAUCAUCAUAGAAUAGAGAAGGGCUGUUCCAAACCAGUCCUAGGGUUGAGUCGUUUAGUAUGACAACUGUAAGUAAGCCUGCUUUAAUUCUCGGCCAAGCUGCUGUCUGUAUUCAGUCCAGCGCACGCACAUAUAUACUGAUUAAAUAGUUUCUGAAUAAUA